AUGUUCUUGUUCAGCGGUCGUCGCGUUAUGACCAGCCCGCUGGCCAAACUGUGUCGGUCGGCAAGUGUUUUGAAUGUGGAAUCAAAACGAAGUGUUGCCACAGUACUGCCACAUAGACCCCAUCCUAAUCCUGGUAAUUUUGCCAAUCGUUCUCACGACGAGCUUUCGGCCAUGGGACACAAAGGCGGGAAGAAAGGUGGCAAAGCCCGAGGCGGAGAGUCUCAGGGGCACCAAACUGAUAAACAUGUAAGGAUCAUCCCUGACAUCCACCAGCACAGGCUAAUUUGGUCCGAGGGCAUGGCGAAAGCGAGUCGGAGGAAAGCUGCAGAGCACGAGGAGAGUGAACUAGAAGCCAAGCAGCGUGGCCGGUCAUCGGAACCUUCGAUUGUUCCCCCUGGAUUCGAAGAGUGGAAGACAUGCGCGUGA